AUGAAUACAAUGCAGGCUGACAACCUUGUACCUAAAAACUCUUCUUCUUGUGCCAUGAAUCCUCUAAAUCUUGAGGAGUUCAAGAGGCAAGGUUACAUGGUCAUUGACUUCAUUGCAAAUUAUUAUCAAAACAUUGAGAAACACCCAGUCUUAAGCCAAGUUGAGCCAGGUUAUCUAAAAGAACUCCUUCCAAAAUCAGCCCCAUUUAGUCCCGAACCAAUUGAAACAAUCCUCCAUGAUAUCCAAAAUCAUAUCAUUCCUGGCAUCACACACUGGCAAAGUCCUCAUUACUUUGGAUAUUUCCCUUCGAGUGGUAGCAUUGCAGGGUUUCUUGGAGAGAUGCUUGGUACUGGCUUUAACGUUGUAGGAUUCAAUUGGAUGGCAUCACCAGCUGCAACUGAACUUGAGGGCAUUGUAAUGGAAUGGCUUGGAGAGAUGCUUACGCUUCCCAAAUCUUUUCUCUUCGCUGGAAAUGGUGGGGGAGUUUUACAAGGGACUACUUGCGAAGCCAUUUUGUGCACUUUAGUGGCUGCAAGAGACCAAAUGCUGAGCCAAGUUGGGAAAGACAACAUUGGGAAGCUAGUUGUUUAUGGUUCAAACCAAACACACAGUGCUCUCCAAAAAGCAGCACAAGUUGCAGGAAUCCUCAAAAAGAAUUUUCGAGCUAUAGAAACGACUGAAUCAACAUCAUUUGCACUAUCCCCAGAUUCAUUAAGAUCGGCUAUUUGCUCAGACAUAGAAGCUGGGUUAGUUCCCUUGUUUCUAUGUGCCACCAUUGGGACAACUGCAACCACAGCGGUAGAUCCACUCAGACCACUAUGCGAUGUUGCAAAUCGCUAUGGCUUAUGGGUACACGUUGAUGCUGCGUACGCUGGUAGUGCUUGUAUAUGCCCAGAGUUCCAGCAUUUUCUUGAUGGCGUAGAGGGUGCACACUCAUUCAGUUUGAAUGCACAUAAAUGGUUCUUUACCACUUUGGAUUGUUGUUGCCUUUGGUUAAAAGAUCCAAAGGCUCUUACAAAGUCUCUCGCAACAAAUCCUGAGUUUAUUAUGAAUAACCAUGCUAGUAAUUCAGAACAAGUGGUGGAAUACAAAGACUGGCAAAUAGCCCUGAGCAGAAGAUUUCGAUCCAUGAAACUAUGGCUUGUGUUAAGAAGUUACGGUGUUGAUAACCUCAGAAGCUUCCUAAGAAGCCAUGUCAAAAUGGCCCAGAUUUUUGAAGAACUUGUAGUCAGUGACAAGAGAUUUCAGGUUGUGGUUCCUAGAAAUUUCGCAAUGGUUUGCUUUAGAGCUUUGCCAUUGGCAAUGGGUAACAAGGUGUACGAAAAUGGCAUGGGCAACAAGGUGUACGAAAAUGGCAACAAGGUGUAUGAAAAUGGCAUGGGCAACAAUGUGUAUGAAAAUGGCAUGGCUCAGAAAAUCACAGAUGAUCAGCACGAUCAGGAACGCAGUAAUCAGCUUAACCAGGAGCUUUUAAAGUCAAUUAAUGCCUCAGGCCAUGUGUAUAUGACCCACGCUGUUGUUGGUGGACUCUACAUUAUAAGAUUCGCUGUGGGGGCAACCCUUACAGAGGAUCGGCAUGUGUUCACGGCUUGGAAGGUGGUGCAAGAGCAUUUAGAUGCCAUAAUUGGCAUCUAA